CUAAAGACAGAAAGUAAAAAAAAAAAAAAUGAAAUAAGAAAAAAAAAAGAAAAAAAAAUUAACGUUGAGAAUAAAACCAUGUGGAAUAUAAAUAAUAUCUGUGUUUAGAAAUUAUAAAAAUUUAAUAUUUUGAUAUAUGUAUAUUUUUGUGUUGAGUAACGAAAAAAAAUUUGUAGUAUUUAUUAGUUUAUUUAUAUAAAAAAAUGGAGGAUAAUGAAGAUGAGCCAAUUGAUGUGCAAAAAGCAACACCAGUUGUUGAUGAAGUUGUUAAAGGUGAAAUUGAUGAAGAGUCAAGUAAACCACGUCAACCAUUUAGCUUAAAACCAACAACACAUAAUAGAUGUCCAAAAGAAUUGAAACAAAAAAAAAAAAUAAAAACCAAGGAAGAAUGUUGUGAUUCAAAAUGGAAAAAUCGUAUUGAAACAAAGCGUAAAAAAACUGGAAAAGUAAUAAUAUAUGAAAAACCAUGUACAAUAAAAAAAAUACGUCCAAUACCACGUCAUUGUUUGACAAAAAAUGAAUGGUACAAUUUAUUAUCAAGACCAAGUAAAAAAUGUCCAUCACAACCACGUCAGAUAAAAAUAAUUGAUAGACCAUUACGUCCAGUAUCAGCAAGAAUGAAUCAGCUUGCAUUACCACCACGUAAUAGAAUGUUAGCAACACUUGAAGAUCGUGGAGCAGUAUUACCACCAGAAUUAAUUGAUAAAUUAAUUCAAAUUAUUGAAACUAAAACGUGUUUAACACCAGAACAAGCUGAAAAUUUAAUUCGUGAUAAAAAGAAAUUAAAAAAAAAAAUUAAAAAUGAAAAAAAUCAAAGUAAAAUACAUUGUACAAGUGAUAAAAUAAAUAAAAAUGAUUAUUUUAUACAACCAUCAACAUCGUCAGUAUCAGUUACACCACAAUUUGAUGAAAAAGCUGUUAAUUAUCAGUAUACAAUGGCAAAUGCAUUUGUUAAAAGUAUUUUACAAUGGGAAUCACAAAUUCCAAGAGAAGAAUUUAGUGAUAUUAGUGAUGUUAUUAUAAAACGUUUGGAAAAUGUUUUAGAGUAUCAAGUUAUUGAUGAUGGUGAUAGAGUUACACAACAAAUGAAAUUUUUAUCAGAUAUUAUUGCAUCAUGGAUUGCUGGUGUUUUAUUUGAAGUUGGUGAAGCACAUAAAGAAGAAUUAGAAAAAGAAUGUGAAGAAAGAAAAAAUGCAAUUGAUGAUGAGAGUGAUGAUGAUAGUGAUGAUGAUGAUUCAGAAGUUGAAAUUAUUAUGGAGCCUCGUCCUGAAGUAUUGGCUAAAUUGAGAAAAGAAAAAGAGCUGAGAAAUAAUAAAAUUAAAGAUGAAAUAAAAGAUUCAAUUAAAGAUGAAGUUAAAGAUGAAAUAAAAGAUUCGAUUAAAGCUGAAGUUAAAGAUGAAAUAAAAGAUUUAAUUAAAGCUGAAGUUAAAGAAGAAAUUAAUGAUGAAAUAAAAGAUAAAGUUGAUGAUAAAGAUAAAGAUAAAGAAAAAGAAAAAAGCCAGGUUGGAGACUCUUAUAAUAAAUUAAAUAUUAAAGAAGAACCAAAAAAGGAUGAUGAUAAUGACGAUGUUGGUGGAGCUGGAGCUACCCAGAGCGAAGCAUCAUCACCUGGACAAACAGCCCCAGACUCUCAACCUAAUGAAAAUGAAGAAUCUAAACCUGCUGAGGAAAAAACACCUGAUGAAAAAAAAGGAGAAGAAGCAAAUGAUGAUGCAGGAGAAAAAAAUAACAUUAAACAAGAUAAUAAAUCUGAGGUUUCAUCGAAAAAAAUUAAAUUUGUUGAUGAGUCUGAAGAAAUUGGAUCAGAUGAAAAAACAAUGGAGGAAAGUUUACGUAUUAGUCGAUCAGAUAGUGUUGAAGAAAUUCCUCAAGAACCAAAAGUGUAUGAGACAAUUACAAUUGAGGAUGGUCCAGAGAAUGAUGAGAAUGGAGUGUCAGGGAGGCUUGAGCCAGUGACUCCAGUAAAAUUGGAAAAGCUUGAUGUGUCUGUUAAAGAAGAACCUGGUUUACUAAAAGAGUCUGAAAUAAAAAAAGAAAAAGACCAAGAGAUACUUGAUGAUCCACUGUCGACCAAAAUAAAAUCAGAAAAAAAAAUUGAAAAUGAUUUACCAGUUGUACAAGGUAUUAAACAAGAACCUGAUUUAAAUGAAUUAUCUGUUUCUCAAAUUAAAGCUGAAAAAAUUAAAGAAGAAUUACCCGAGUCGAUUAUUCAGGAUAUUAAGCAAGAACCAGGCUUGAUGGGAGUGUCAUUGUCCCAGAUAAAAUCUGAAAAAAUUAAAGACGAGUCGAUGGGAUCAGUGGGGCCUGAAAAAAUUAAACAAGAAUUAUCUGGAAUGGUGAAUCAAGGCAUCAAGCAAGAGCCUGGCUUGGAAAAAAUACCACUGGUCCAAAUAAAAUCAGAAAAAGUUGAAUACAGUCAGUCUGCGUUGAUAAAGCCAGAACAAAUUAAACAAGAAUUAUCAGAUGUGGUGCAGCAAGAUAUUAAGCAGGAGCCUGGCUUGGAAAAAAUACCAGUGGCUCAAAUAAAAACAGAAAAAGCUGAAGACAGUCCACCUGAAUUAAUAAAACCAGGACAAAUUAAGGAAGAAUUAUCAGAUGUGGCGAGUCAAGAUAUCAAGCAAGAACCUGGCUUGGCUAAAAUACCAGUAGCCCAAGUAAAAUCAGAAAAAGUUGAACACAGUCCACCUGAAUUAAUAAAACCAGAACAAAUUAAGAAAGAACUAUCAGAUGUAAUGGAGCAAGAUAUAAUGCAAGAGCUUAGCUUAGAAAAAAAACCAGUGGUCCAAAUAAAGUCAGAAAAAGUUGAACACAGUCAGCCUGAAUUAAUAAAACCAGGACAAGUUAAAAAAGAAUUAUCUCAAUUGGUUCAUCAAGACAUCAAACAAGAAGCUGAAUUAAAUCAAUCACCACCACCACAGUCACAAAUAAAAUCUGAGAAAAUAAAACAAGACCUACCUGAAUUGACCAGUCAACAGAUCCAACAAGAGCCUGUCUCAAAGGCACCAACAUUGUCUAACAUAAAAUCAGAAAAAAUUGAUAAUCAAAAUAUCAAUAAAAAUCCUGAUUCAUCAGUUCCAAUAUUAUCACAAAUAAAAUCAGAAAAUAUUGAUGAUGAAUCAGCUAAAUACAAUCAAGAAUUACAACAAACAAAAAUCAUUGAACCAAAAAUAUCGAAUAUUAAUUCUGAUAAAUUAAAACAACAAAAUAAUAAUUCAAUAAAAACAAAACCUGAAUUUUUACAAUCAUCUGAAAUAGCAAAUAAAUUAAAUGAUCAUUCAACUCCAGAAAAUAUUAAUGAAAAAUUACAAGAAAUAACUUAUACAAAAUUAAAACCCGAAAAAAUAAAAUAUAAAUCAAUAAUAAAAAAUUCAAAUAUUAAUUUAAAUAAUAAUAAACAUAAUAAUGAUAAUAAAAUUUUAUCUUUUAAUGAAUUUUCUGAUAAAAAUAAUCAACAAAAAAAAUCAAUAACAGAUUUUGCAAAAAUAUUUAAAACAGAUGUGCCAUUUUUAAAUUUUUUAAAAUUAUUUGAUACAUUUGAUAAUUUAAUUGAAACAAAGCAAAAAAAUAAUAAUGUUGAUGAUCCAGUAAUAGAUCGUUUACACGCAGCAAUAUAUAAAAAAUUAGAAAAUAUUGUUAAAGCUGAAACACCAGAUAAAUUAACAAAUAAUAUUGAAAAUAUGCUUGAUGUAUUAUCUGGUAAAAUAGCAAUAUUUUUACGUAAUUUAUUAACUGAGUCUGAAUUAUUAUUUAUUAAAAAUAAUCCAGGACAAGUUGAAUCAUUUGAAUUACGUGAAACGGGUAAAUGGAUAGAUAAUAUUUUAAACAUGGCAGAAUGUUGGAGUACAUGGUUACAAAAAGUUGUUGAAGAAGCUGUUGAAAUAAGUAACAAUCCAACAACACGUAGUCAAUGGAAUGACUGGACAAAAAAAGUACAAAAUGAAGCAUUAUUAUAUCGUCGUUUUCAUAUUGAUUAUAUCAAUCAAGCAAAUCAUAAUCGUGUCAUGUUAGCUGGACGAGAAGUUGUUAAAACUGGCCAAUUAAAUUAUCCAGAAUAUGAAAUUAAAGAACGUGAAAUUAAAACAACUGAUUUAUGGAAUUAAUUUCUUUGAAAAUUAUAUUUUUUUUUUCCAAACAAUAGAGAAAGUUUUUAUAAUAAAUAAAUAAACAAUUUUUAAAAUUAAAAUGUUAAAUUUAUCUUG